UUAGCAUGGUAGCAUGUCUGUUAUGUUUAUAAUCUUUGGAAAAGCGCGGUUGCGUCUUUAUCAAAACUGUAGCAGAAUCUGAUUGGUCUGUUUACAUUUGCUUGAGGAUUUCGGCCAAUAGUAAACCUGUAAAAAAUACUUUCAACCAAUAAGAAAACCAUGGAAGUUCCUUAUUUUCAGUUUCUUGUGUCCGUUGAAGUUAGAGCAUAGAAUUUUUAUUUUUUCCAUGUUUACGUGUAUUUAGGACAAUAGUGAAAUGAGUAAAAAGUGUAGUGUUUAAAUAUGAUAAUUAUUUACAUAGAUAUCUUAUUGUUAUCAAUUUUGCUACUCCUAAUUAUAUUUACAUGCGGAUAUUCAGCGUACCGUGUAUAUAGACUACAGCAGAAUGGACAGGUUGCUAUACUGCUAAGGCCUACGAAAGUGCUAUUUUCUCAUAAAAAAGAAGGAGCAACUAACGAACAGUUAAGAACUGUGGUAGCGUACCAAAAUCCUUUUACCGGGGAUUACUGUGUACAUAAGAGCCGAGAACCUAAAGGUUACAUCAACUCAAUGGAACCGGAUUCACCUGACAGCGGACUGUCUGAUGAUCAGUAUGAACCCCUGAAUCUGGUGCCACCAUGUCCACCUCCGAGGGAUACUCCGGGUCUACCAGUACAUGAGCCUUAUCAGUAUCGGGAGCCGUUUAAACCAUCCAUGACGCCGGUUUACGACAACAGCGUCAAUAAAACAUGGAAAUGGGACUACACCGAGUAUCAAAUCUAAAUUUAUUCGCUGAUGGAGAAGUUAUGGAUGUACCAGGAAGGCACAAAAAUACCUAACGCAUUAACUCGAGUCCUUAAUAAAACGAAGACAAAAGAACACUUAAACCUAACUAAAACUUAAAUAGUAACACUAAAAUAGUGUACACUAUUUAAGUAGGUAGUUCAACAUUAUACUAUCUCUAACUAAGACUUAGAGGGCUGAGAUCUUUAAAGUGUACUUUAAUUUAGCUCCACUAAUAUCUUCAACAUACAAGAAUAUUGGACCUGCGAUUGCCAUUCUGUUUUUGAAGUAACUCUAUUUUCACCAUUUUGGCGCAUUAUGGUCCAAAUGCACUUACGCUGCGCCGUGCAACGCAACGCGACGCGACGCGGCACGUCAAAUAUAGUUUAUAAUAUAAUAUGAGU